UAUGUCAAAUCCUCAGCCAAAUUCUAAAUGUCGAGACUACACCAUAAUACAAACAGAUUGUAAUAAAUGUGGUAAACGAACAAAAUUACAGGUGUCUUUUAAAAUUAUGCGUGAUAUUUUGGCAUAAAAUAAACUAACAAUAUGGCUCUGGAUUUGGUCAGCAUCGCACAACCACAUUAUAUUCCUGGAUACACUGGUCACUGUCCCGAAUACAAAUACCGCAUUGGCGAUACAUAUGGCUCGACCACACAUAAGAUCCUACUGGACCCCAGUGUCAAUCACUCGGAGAGGCUGGUGCUGUCUGACAGAACGGCAGAUGACUUCCAGAUAUUUCGUCCGCCACAACAAGCUAUCGAUGUAGUCAACGCUCGGUUUCGGAAUGGUGAUCCGGUUUAUAAACACCCGAUGAUACCGGGAUAUGAAGGCUUCCUACCACGAUUGAACGCCCACUUCGGACAGCGGUAUACCGUAGCAGCCACAGAGGCCUUGUCCGAGUUCCAAAAAUUACAACUUAACCAGCGCUCAGCCAGGAACCAGCUUGAAAGAGUCGUGGACUUGCAAGCAGGGAAAGGCCAACCAUGGAACCUGGUUGAUCGAUUUUCGGCGACUGCGGAGUUUAAGUUGCCAUUAGUGGUGGUGCGACCGGAAUGUGCGGGAAUAUUACGAGACCUGCCAAUGGAUGAACCGAAACUGUCACCGGCAUCUCAUUCAAUCAGUCCAUACUUCAUGGAGGAUUCAGAUCCACAGAAAUAUAUAAAGAAAGGUUUUGCUGGUCACGUACCAUACGGAUUCCAGCGGUUUGGCGACUCAUCAAAGAAAGUUACAAACUCGGCCUUGUGCGAUUUCUCAUCUAAUUACAGGCGACGUCAAAGUACAGAAUGGGCGCCUGUAAACGUCGUCAAGAAUCUUCAUGAUGCUCUGUCUGGCCACACUUCAGGCAGCGUUGCGGAGGCUGUGAAAUAUUCAGAAAAGGCAAAAACUAAAUGCAUUGGUAUCACUAUUGAGACUAGGCCUGAUUACUGCCUACAGAGACAUAUGAGUGACAUGCUUAAUUAUGGAUGUACUAGGCUAGAGAUAGGAGUUCAGUCUGUGUAUGAGGACAUAGCCAGAGACACGAAUAGAGGCCACACAGUCAAAGCUGUUUGUGAGAACUUCUGUUUGGCUAAGGAUGCUGGGUUUAAGAUUGUAGCCCACAUGAUGCCAGACCUACCAAAUGUGGAUUUAGACCGUGAUGUAGAACAAUUUAAAGAGUUCUUUGAGAACCCAGCCUUCCGUGCUGAUGGUCUUAAGAUUUACCCAACUUUGGUCAUUAGAGGCACCGGCUUGUAUGAGUUGUGGAAAACUGGGCGGUACAAGAGUUAUCCUCCAUCUACAUUGGUUGAUUUGAUAGCUAAGAUAUUAGCUAUGGUUCCGCCUUGGACUAGAGUUUACAGAGUACAAAGAGACAUUCCAAUGCCUCUAGUGUCAUCCGGAGUGGAGCACGGUAAUCUCCGAGAGCUUGCGUUACAGCGAAUGUCAGAUUUGGGUACAGAUUGUAGAGAUGUUAGGACCAGGGAGGUCGGAAUACAGGAGAUACAUAAUAAAGUCAGGCCAUAUCAGGUGGAACUGGUGCGCCGUGAUUAUGUUGCAAAUGGUGGAUGGGAGACCUUUCUCGCAUAUGAGGAUUCCGAUCAAGAUAUCCUAGUUGGUCUCCUCAGAUUGAGGAAAUGUGCCAAAGACACAUAUAGACCUGAGCUCAAACCGGGACCAAAUGCCAAUUUCAAACAAUGCAGUAUUGUUAGGGAACUGCAUGUCUACGGAUCAGUUGUACCGGUAAAUGCACGCGACCCAACAAAGUUUCAGCAUCAAGGGUUUGGUAUGCUUCUCAUGGAGGAAGCGGAAAGGAUUGCUUUAGAGGAACAUGGAUCAGACAAAAUGGCCGUAAUAUCAGGAGUAGGCACCAGGAACUAUUAUGCGAAGAUUGGUUACCAUCUAGAAGGACCAUAUAUGGUCAAGAUGUUGGCAUAAAUUGUUUUAUUUUCGACGAAUAUGAUUUUCAGAUGUGAUCAAGAUGUUAAGAAAUAAGGUUUAUAUAAUGUUUAUUUUUAUGAUUAAAAUAUGAAAUUCCGGCUUUUAGUUAUGAAGCACCAAAUACACACACUAUAUCAAGUUUAUACGGUUUUAAAUGUUAAAUUUUUUUAUUUAAAACAGUUUCACCUCAAGGCAACAUAGUUUUUUGAUGUAAACUGAAACCAGAUUUAAGCUUCAUUAAGUUUUUUAGCUAUAACAUAUAUAAACGAAUCAUUAAUAUGUGACGUAAAAAGUGGAUGUUUGAUGUCUAUAGUAUUGGAUGUUUGUUAAAUGUUGACUUCAACUAAGCCUUUUUCCAUAACAUAAAAAAAAAACUCCUAGUUCAAUGAAUGUAGAUUUUAAUGGCAUAAGUAAUCUUGGAAUACAUAACUUAAUUUAAUUAUUUAAUUAAAACUGUCCAGAAGAAAGCUUGUACAAAUUACAUUUUGUUUUUGUAAAUAAAUGAUCACAUUUCAAUACAGUUAGAAUUUACAAAAAUAUAUAAAAUUUAUAUGAUGGCCUGAAUUUAAAAAAAACUUUAUUUCUGAUGUUCCUAUUUCUAUGGCCUCAAUAAUAUAUGGUCAUCUGUAAAUAUAUAUGUAAAUUACAAAUCCUGAUAAAUAAAUUCGUUAAUAGCUAUAAUUUCUGUAGAAAUGAUUUGCACGAGUUUCUAAAAAUAAUUCGAAUCCUUUAUAAUACAUAUUUAUAUACAGAAAUGGGUGGAAAUGUAAAACAGACAAUUUACAAUAAGUUUUCGUUUAGUUGUCUUUUGACAGUUUCGGCCGCGUGUCUGUGUUUGGACUAAGAU